AUGGUCCGGAGCCAUCCUGUUAGUCUCAUAUUUUCGGUGUUUUUAAAAGGUUAUCAAAGAGAGAAACAUAAAGGUAACAGAGAGGAAAUCAACAAUGCUACAGUCCAAAAGCUCCUGCAGAAAACACUCAACUGGACCCUGAAUAAUUUUGGGGAGGUGAAUGCAAGCGCCAAUGGCUGGAGGCCCCAGAAUUCACGUCCCUACUUUCCGGAUCUCCAACAGCACUGUCAGCCUCCAAGACCCCACAUCCCGGGGGCGUGGAGGCUGGGGGCGGGGCCAGGCGACUCCCCCACAGGUGAGCCCCAGCUGCUGCGCUGCUGCAGUAACGGCGGCACCUGCGUGCUGGGCAGCUUCUGCGUGUGCCCCGCCCACUUCACCGGCCGUUACUGCGAGCACGACCAGAGGCACAGCGAAUGCGGCACGGUGAAGCAUGGAGCCUGGACCUUCCUCGGCUGCCGCCUUUGCAGGUGUGUUUUCGCAGCCCUGCACUGCCUCCCCCGCCAGACACCCGGCAGCUGCGACCUGGAAGACUUUCUUGCUGCACGGUCUAAUGGAGAAAGAACACAACACAUGCUGAGUGUUCUCUUCCUCCUUCCCUGCUUGCUCGUGCAAAGCAUCCUUAGUGAAGCGGGAGACUCCUGACUGGAUCUUAGAGGACCUAACUCGCAGUUCCACACUGGAAGAAACUUGGUGUUCCCAGCACAAGCUUGAGCAAGCAUGGUUCUCUGUGGGAAAGCCAGGGCUGUGCAUCCACAUCGUUUUCUGUGUUGUAGGUAAUAGAUUUGUUUCAUUUCCUAGAACUGAAGCAUUAGGUGAAUAUUUUUAUUGUUUAAUAAAUAUUUUCAUGAAACAGA